AUGUCCAAAAAGAAGACGACCAGCAUGUCUUCAAUUCAGGAUGUUACCGCCGCCGGAGCUGCGCCAAAGAUUGGCGUCUACAAGGAGCUGAGACAAAACCCAUAUCUCCUUGGGCUAUCCGCCUUCGCCUCGCUGGGCGGUUUCCUCUUCGGUUAUGAUCAAGGUGUCGUCUCUGGGGUGCUGACGAUGGAGUCCUUCGCGGCAUCCUUCCCGAGAAUCUCUACAGACAGCUCCUUCAAGGGCUGGUUUGUCUCGACAUUGCUACUCGCUGCUUGGUUCGGUUCUCUCGUCAACGGCCCAGUAGCCGAUCGCUUUGGUCGCAAAGGAUCUAUUAUCAUAGCUGUCGUCAUCUUCACCAUUGGCUCUGCGCUUCAAGCUGGCGCGAUCAACAUUCCGAUGGCUUUUGCAGGCCGCGCAAUCGCUGGUUUCGCCGUUGGUAUGUUAACGAUGAUUGUACCAAUGUACAUGAGUGAGGUCUCAACUGCCGGCAUCAGAGGCACUCUGGUCGUUCUCCAACAGCUUUCCAUCACACUCGGUAUCCUUGUCUCCUACUGGCUCGAGUUCGGUACCCAGUACAUUGGAGGCGUACGCUGCGCGCCCGACAUCCCGUAUACUGGUGGCACUGCAGCAGAGCCUACCUUCGACCCACGAAACGACGUUGGCCCGAACGGCUGCACCGGUCAGAGCGAUGCUGCGUGGCGCGUUCCUUUUGCGCUCCAGAUAUUCCCCGGUCUUGUUCUCGGUAUCGGUAUGCUGUUCUUCCCCGAAUCACCUCGCUACUACUGCAUGCGCGACAACGAGGAUGCUGGUGUGAGAGCGCUCGCCCGAGUUCGUCGCACCUCUCCAGAUGAUGAGUCUCUGCAAAAGGAGUAUCUUUCCAUCAAAGCCGAAGUCAUGUUUGAAGAACAAUACAACCGCGAGAAAUUUCCGGGCAAGUCUGGGGUUUCGCUGUACCUUUCCGGUUACUCAACGCUUUUUUCGACCUGGCCAUCUUUCAAGCGUACUGCUAUCGGUUGCUGUGUCAUGUUCUUCCAACAGUUCAUCGGAUGUAAUGCGAUCAUCUACUACGCGCCGACAAUCUUUGGUCAGCUAGGCCUCAGUGGUAAGACGACUGGUCUGCUCGCAACAGGUGUUUAUGGAAUAGUCAACACAUUGUCUACUCUUCCUGCGCUCUUCCUCAUCGACAAGAUCGGCCGCCGCCCUCUCCUCCUCUGCGGUGCCGCCGGUACUUGCAUCUCCCUCUUGAUUGUCGGUGGUGUCAUUGGCGGUUACGGAUCUACUCUCAAAGAUCACCCCGCAGCUGGUUGGACCGGUAUCGCAUUCAUCUACAUCUACGACGUCAACUUCUCGUACUCUUGGGCACCGAUCGGUUGGGUCCUACCCUCGGAGAUUUACAACAUCGGUAACCGCUCAAAAGCCAUGUCUCUGACCACCUCAUCGACAUGGAUGUGCAACUUCAUUAUCGGUCUUGUCACGCCCGAUAUGCUGGAAACCAUUGGUUUCGGUACAUACAUCUUCUUUGCUGCUUUCGCUCUGAUCGCAUUUGUGUUCACGUGGUUCCUGAUACCCGAGACCAGGGGCAAGAGCCUGGAAGAGAUGGACGCUGUGUUCGGUGACAGCACUGCACACGAGGAGAAGACGAGGCUGUACAACAUUGCGCAGAGUCUGGGACUGGAAGAGGCUGAGGCUGCGGCAUUCGAUGAGAAGCCCAUGAAGGCGCUGCAGACCGAGGUGACGAACGUAUAA